AUGAAAUGCAUUCAGUAAUUUUUUCAGAUUGUUAGGUUUGAUUGGGAUGGUUCAAUAUGCCUCAAUAAUGUGAUUUUGCACUUUGAUUUGUUUCAUUAUAGAAUGUCUAAUGCCAUCUGCCCACUUAAAAUGAAUCCAGACUUGCAGGAGGCUUUCAGUGACAUUCAGAGCUCCGUCUACAGAACAGCCCUAAAACUACGCUCACUACAAAGUCUGUGCCAGUUGGAUUUGAUCAAUGUUUCUCUGAUUCAGCACAUUGUAUCAAGUGAGCAGAGGCAGAGAGAAAAGGAGAUUUCUCUGAAAGUGCAGCGGCUCUCUGGAAUGCUGAAGGAGCUGUUUGAAAGAGCAAGGUUAGAAAAGCCAGGCCAGGUAGAUCCAAGAGCUGCUGAAUUCACACUGAGCCUGCUAGAAGCCAUGUAUGACAGCUCUGGAACAGGUUAUAUCAAAACUAGAUCUGCUGCAGCUGCCCUAAUUGCCCUUUCAGGAGACACUCUACUUGCUAAAUACAGAGCUUUCUUUGAGUUUUAUGCUGUUCCUGGUGGGAAGAAGGCCUUGAUUACCUGUAGUGCUCUGAGAAGCCUGCUAACAGACUUGAAUCAGAUCCCAGCCAUUGUAGGAGAAGGCUGCACUUUGUCUUGUGUGGAAAUUGCUACUCACAACUGUUUCCAGGGGGUUCUGAAUUCAGGAAUUGUUGAAGAAAAAUUCCUGUCUUGGCUGAGAUCAGGACCUGCUCUUCUGCAAUGGCUCCCUACAUGUUACAGAUUAUCAGCCACAGAAAGGGUUUCUCACCAUGUUAGAUGUAGAGUCUGCAAGACAUUCCCCAUUACAGGCCUCAGGUAUCGCUGUCUGAAGUGCCUGAAUUUUGACCUUUGCCAGGUCUGCUUUUUCACUGGCCGUCUCAGCAAACCACAUAAGAGUUCACAUCCUGUUGUGGAACACUGUGUGCAGAUGUCAGCAAAGGCGAAUGCAAAGCACUUUCUCUGCACUGUCAGAAACAACCUGUUUCAGGACUGCUGCAGAAGAAAAGAGGCUCAGGAAAGGAAGGUUCUGGAGAUAAUGGAGGAGAGGCAUUUCCCUACUCACAAAAAGAUUCUUCCCCCAGCAGAACUCAGUGCUUCACCAUUGCCUACACAUGAAAACCUGUCUCUCCCAGUGAACAACCCUAUUCUGGAAUCACCCAAGUUUAUAUCCAAAAACAGAACUGUGCUGCACAAGAAUGACAAUAACAGCAAGAUACUGAAGCAAGGCAAGACAAAAAUUCAGGCAAUUGCAUUUUGUGAAGCAGAGAUGUUAAAAAUGCAUGAUUCCAUCAGGAGUAUUCACAAUAAGAGCAGGUACAUGAAGAAGCAAUUGAAUAAAUGGAAGCACAAAGUGCAAUUUCUUCAUAACUGCCAGGAGGACAGAAGCUUCAAAAUACAGGCAGAACUCCAAAGCCUGAGAGCAAGCCAUGAAAUCCUGCAAAUGGAGCUGUGUGAAAUGAAGCAAGAAGUAAAGACAAUGUUACAGUCAACAGCACAUCCUUCAAUUUCACUGUGUCAGAGUACGAUGCCAAGAGAUCAGCAUGUUCUUCAGGAAAGCAAAAUGCAGGGUGAAUUAUAUCCUGUUCAAAUAAAACCCAUUUGCAGAACAAGUUCAGAUUGGAAAGCUUUGAAUCACCUCAACUCUGCAAAUAGAAUACAGGUUUUAGAGUCACCUGAGGCUCCUGCUACAGUGGACUUCAUGUUCUCAGAAGACCUGGUGAAGUCAGUGACCUUGCAGAGUGACAGAGUUUUCAUGGGACAGUUCAAAAAAAUAAAAGAUAAUCAAACAUAUCUGCCUGAAUUGAUGGAAAACUACGACAGUGGCAUCCUAAGGAAUACAGCUGUUACUCCUGCUGCAAUACAGAUACCAUCUGAUGAGGAGUUCUGUGAUGAAGUGGACCUGCAGCAGCUAGUGGUGAAAUUGAUGGAUGCGUUGUCUCUUCAAGCCCAACCAGAUCAACAGUCAGCCUUGAAGCAGCAUUUCUUCUCUACAGCUGAACGUGUUUGCGGAUCCUUCUCUGAUCUCAUCAACCAGGUAACUGCCAGCUUGGAAGUGACAGAAAAUGGCAUUCACCUUACAGCUCCACUGGACUAUUGAAGGUCCAAUGGCCAUUUCAAGAUUUCAUUUACACGUUUUCCUACUAGAACCUACAAGUUGCUGAGCACCUAAUAUGCUUCUGCAAAUGAGUUUUGAUUUGGAUAUUUUGUGAAGAAAAGAACAAACAUUGCCAUAUGCUCAAGGAAAGAAGAUUUGACUGAACAGCUAAAUGGACCUGCCCUGGACAGCUGAAUUUUGUAUUUGCAUACAUCCAAUA